GGUACGCGCACGCGCAGUACCCGCGGGCUGCGCCGCCGUCCCUUCUGUGCCUUGGGUUUACAUCCGGGUCUUUGGGCUUCACGCUCCGCACGCCGGUUGGGGUCGCUCGGGGUUGCUGGGUUCUUGUUAUUUCCGCUGUUCCAACAUCGGAAGUGUUGUUGGGUCGGCAGGUUUGAAUUCUUGUCCUGGAACCUGUGCAUCACCAUAAUGAGGCUUGUAAUUCUUGAUAACUAUGACUUGGCUAGUGAAUGGGCAGCCAAAUACAUCUGUAAUCGCAUCAUUCAGUUCAAACCUGGACAGGACAGAUACUUUACAUUGGGCUUACCAACAGGGAGUACACCUUUAGGAUGUUAUAAAAAACUAAUAGAAUAUCACAAAAAUGGAGACCUUUCUUUUAAAUAUGUGAAGACCUUUAACAUGGAUGAAUAUGUAGGACUUCCCAGAAAUCAUCCUGAAAGCUACCAUUCUUAUAUGUGGAAUAACUUUUUUAAGCAUAUUGAUAUAGAUCCUAAGAAUGCUCAUAUCCUUGAUGGGAAUGCUGCAGAUUUACAAGCAGAAUGUGAUGCUUUUGAAAAGAAAAUAAAAGAAGCCGGAGGAAUUGACCUUUUUGUUGGAGGAAUUGGUCCAGAUGGUCAUAUCGCUUUCAAUGAGCCAGGAUCCAGUUUAGUAUCAAGGACAAGAUUAAAGACUCUAGCAAUGGACACCAUUUUGGCAAAUGCUAAAUAUUUUGAUGGAGAUUUGUCGAAGGUGCCAACUAUGGCUCUAACAGUUGGUGUGGGGACAGUGAUGGAUGCAAGAGAAGUAAUGAUCCUCAUAACAGGUGCACACAAGGCAUUUGCUCUCUACAAAGCGAUAGAAGAAGGAGUAAAUCACAUGUGGACUGUUUCUGCUUUUCAGCAGCAUCCUCGAACUAUUUUUGUGUGUGACGAAGAUGCUACUUUAGAAUUAAGAGUUAAAACUGUGAAAUACUUUAAAGGUUUAAUGCAUGUGCACAAUAAACUUGUGGAUCCACUAUACAGUAUGAAAGAAGGAAAUUGAAGGAGAUUGGAGCAAAUUCUACUUGAAUGAACAGAACACUUUUAUAAGUCGUAGAUGAAUUUUCAGCUAUGCAAUAUGAUAAAACAUGGGGAUUUUUUGAAGACUGUCCUUUUUGAAGUCCAAUAUCUAUAUGUUAAACAUUCCAGAUUUAGAAUGUGUCCAUUUUAUACUAAGGUUUAGAAGUAGUUGGCUGUCAAAAAUAGCUGUUUAUUAUAAAGUACGGAAGCCACACAGCCACUCUGUAAAACAUCACAGAAAUGAAAUGUCUGUUUAAAAAUUUCAAGUCAUUUUAAAUAUGAAGAAUCUAUACAUCAAAUAUUAUUCAUAUGAAUCUGGUGGCAUUCUCAGAGUUUUAUUUUUUAAUCACAUAAAGACACUCCAAGCCUUUGAGGUAUCAUUGCAAACCUUUACUUUUGGAAUGUAAUCUUUGUAUUUCCUGUGCAUUACACACAAGCUUUUCUGCACGUGGUUGCCUUAGUCAUCUUUCUGCAGUAGCCUUUGGACAUCAAAAGUCCUGCUAUAUAUUGUUGGAACAGAGAAUCUGAAGAGAUGCCAGUGCCUAAAAGUACAGUUUACGUCCUUUUGGAAAGUAUGUAUAAGUGCAUGAUUUUUGUGCACCACCUUCUAUAGCACUUUUUUACAAAUGUGCUCUUAUUUAAUGACUUGGGUUCAUGCUUUUAAUAUAAGUAUUUUGGCAAUUAUGAACUUUAUACCUAGCAACGCACUUAAAGAAAUUCUUUUGAAGACAAUUUUCUGAUUAUUGUUAAAUUCAUAAAUGAUUAGCUUUAUUCCUGACUUACAUGUCUAAAAGGAUAACAUGAUGAAAUAUUUAUAAAGGAAUUACUGUAAACUUAAAAUUGCCAUUAACUUGCAUCAUUAAAUUGCAAAUAAAAGUAUAUUGUUUUCUAUCUUUAACUCAAAUAAAGCUUAUAAUAAAUAAAUGUUAUCUAAAUUU